AUGAGCGUCACCCUUUGGACAGGCCUGCUGACGAGAUUUUCCAUCUUGUCAAAGAUGAAGCUUGGUUCCGAGCCCCAUGGAAUUAUACCCGCGGUGAUCCCAAACCAGGAAAAAAAUGACCAAUUAUGUGAAUACCAUAACGCUUAUGGGCACACAACCGCAAAUUGCGGACACCUGAUGAAUCAGUUGGAGAUAUUGGUGAGACAAGGUCGACUAGACAGAUUCGUCACUGGACCCCCGAGAGCAAUGAACGGAGAACGGCACAACUGUGACCGGGAUAACCAUAGGCGUGAUGGGGGGGAGAGAAGGAAUGACCCAGAUGACAGGCGGGAAAGAGAAUUAAGGAAUGAGGCACCAGAACGACCACCUUUCCAGAGGGAAAUUCAUAUGAUCGUUGGAGAAAACGGUAUGCCCACAUCAAACAGAGCGAAGAAACAACUUGUCAGGGCUGUGAGAACAGGACACUUUAACUCUAAGGUCAUGGCUAUCACCAGCGCAGCCAGCGAACCCACCAUAUCCUUUGGACCGGAAGAUGCUAGACCGUUAAUGUACCCUCAUGAUGACGCCUUAGUCUUCUCAACAGACGUGGCUGGAUGCCUGGUCCACCGAGUUUUCGUGGACUCAGGCAGUGCGGUGAACAUUGUGUACUGGAACUGCUGGAAGGCCCUUGGCUCGGAUGUCAAUGUUGAACCAACGAAUGCACCACUCUAUGGAUUCUCAGGAGAAUCAGUAGUACCAAUCGGAAUGGUAGAACUGCCAGUUACCUUGGGACGAUCGCAGGGUUAUAAAACCAGAACAAUCAGAUUCUUGAUCAUAGACGCUCUGAAACCCAUGUACAACAUCAUCUUGGGGCGGCCCGCGCUUAACACCUUCAAGGCAGUAGUUUCCACAUUCUACCUCAAAAUGAAGUUUCCAAUGGACGGUGGAAGAAUUGGGGAGGUGUGGGGGGAUCAAGCUACAUCGAAGCAAUGUCAUGUGCAAACACUAACUCAACAGAAUGAUAGUGUUGGAGACGACCCCAACACUCGAAAGCAGAAACGAAAGCAAGCAAAAAUCCCAGGGGAACCUAAUGAUCAGAGAAAGGAGAAGAUGGGGAUAGUUACCGCGUCAAACCCCGAACGCAGAGAAAUCAUGGAACUCGGAGAUGGAGUUGAUAAACAGCCACUCGUUUCCACGAGUGAUGCAUGCUUGCUCAUUGAACUUUUCCCUGACAGGGAAGGAUACACUACCAGAAUUGGAGCGGGAAUGGCACCAAUCCUUCAAAGGGAAGUUACCGCAUGCCUGCGCAGGAACGCAGAUGUAUUCGCAUUCAACACUUCUGAUCUUAAAGGGAUAAACAGAGAGCUAGCCGAACAUCGUCUUAAUGUGGACCCGAUGGUUAAACCAGUCAGACAGAAAACAAGACACUUUGGCGCGGAGAAGGAUGCAGCUAUUCGGGAACAGGUCCAAGCCCUCCUAGAGGCAGUACAUAUCGUGGAAAUCCAAUAUCCCGAAUGGAUAUCUAAUGCAGUCAUGGUAGAAAAGAAAGUCAAGGUGUGGAGAAUGUGUGUGGACUACAGAGACCUCAACGCAGCUUGCCCUAAGGACUGUUACCCGCUCCCUCGAAUAGAUCAACUGGUGGAUGCUACUUCAGGGUGUGAACUCUUGUCCAUGAUGGAUGCAUACCAAGGAUAUCAUCAGGUAAAGAUGCAUCCGGAUGAUGUAACCAAAACCGCCUUUGCAGUAUGCACAGGAGUCUUCGGGUGGGAAAGCAUGCCCUUCGGCCUCAAGAAUGCAGGGGCCACAUACCAGCGUAUGAUGGACAAAAUUUUCAGAACACAGCUGAGGAGAAAUAUCUCGGUAUAUGUCGACGACAUGUUGGUGCGCAGCAUUAAGGCCAGCUCCCACGUGGCCGAUCUGGAGGAAACCUUCUCAGUAGUCCGCAAGAAUAAACUCAUGCUCAAUCCUGCUAAGUGCACCUUCGAUGACAAAGUUAAAGCUAUUCUGAACAUGACCUCACCCAGGAAUGUCAAAGAAAUCCAAACACUCAAUGGGCGAAUUACCGCGUUGAGUCGGUUCAUUUCACGCUCAGCUGAGCGAAGUCUCCCGUUCUUCAAGGUUCUACGGAAAGGAAGUCGGUUUGAAUGGAGUGGUGAGUGCCAAAGAGCAUUCGAAGACCUAAAAGCUUACCUGACCAAACUACCAGUAUUGACAAAACCCUCUCCGGGGGAACCAUUAUACUUAUACAUCUCCGUGGGAGUUGAAUCUCUGAGCUCAGUGCUGGUCCGGGAGGAGAAUCGGCAACAAAAACCCAUAUACUUUGUAAGCAAGGUCAUCCAGGGUGCGGAGCUGCGCUACACCGAAGUCGAGAAGACCGCAUACACGAUCAUGAUCACGGCCAGAAAGUUAAGGCCAUACUUCUUGUCACACAAGGUCAUUGUGAGGACAAUAAUACCAUUCAGACAAAUCCUGGGACGACCCGAUCUGGCGGGAAAGAUGGUGAAAUGGGCUAUAGAACUGGGGGAGUAUGAGGUCGAGUUCGAGCCGCGCACUGCCAUCAGAGCACAGGCACUAGCGGAUUUUAUUCAAGAGGCAACACGGUGGCCUAUGAGGGGACCAUGGGUAGCGCAGGUCGAUGGAUCGGUCACCAAAGAAGGGUGUGGGGUGGGAAUCUACAUCACCUCGCCUGAAGGGAAAGUCUAUCAAUUUGCUAUCAAGUUCGAGGAUAAGCUAUCUAAUAACGAAGCUGAAUAUGAGGCAGUGUUGAGAACAUCUCACAUACUCCGGGAGCUCAGAGCCGACAAUGUGGUGAUCAAAACCGACUCUCAAUUGGUGGCACAACAGUUGAAUGGAGGCUACGAGAUAAAAGAAGAAAGAAUGAAGCAGUACUUUAACAAGGUCCAAGAGAUAGGGAUGAAGUUUGAGAAACUCGAAAUACAGCAAGUGCCGAGAGAGGAAAAUCAGCGAGCGGACCUCCUGGCUAGAAUGGCCAGCGCAGUCGAACAAACCUGGAGGGAGGACAUUACCUUGGUAUUCGAACCUAAGAGAGAAAUGGCUGCGCAAGUGUGCAACAUCGAAACUAAGGAUGACUGGAGAACGCCCAUCAUAUACUAUCUGAGAAAUGGUAAACGGAUGAAAGAGGAUACUUCGAGAUAUGCCAAAUACGAGAAUUACUGCAUCAUUGGCGAUCAGCUCUAUAAGAGGUCCUUCACACACCCGUUUUUGAAAUGCCUGGCCCCCGAAGAAGCACAAUUUGCCUUAAAGGAGAUCCAUCAAGGGUGCUGCGGUAACCAUGGUGGACAUUGGGAUUUGACAAGAAAGAUAAUCAGAGCAGGAUUCUACUGGCCUGGAAUUAGCAAAGAAUCGAAGGCCUUCGUGCAAAAAUGCGAGGCUUGUCAAAAACACGCCCCCAAAAUCAAUAUACCAGGGGAAGAAAUGGGGAUCAUGCAUGCUGCGCAUCCUUUCGACAAAUGGGGAAUCGACAUUGUGGGUAAAUUACCAACCGCUCCGGGAGGCAAGUGCUUCCUCAUAGUUGCCGUAGACUACUUCUCUAAGUGGAUCGAGGCGGAAGCUGUCACCAAAAUCGAUGAUAACACAGUGGAAAAAUUCAUAUGGAAGAACAUCUGUUGUCGAUAUGGGGUGCCAAGGAUUUUGGUUUCGGACAACGGAACCCAGUUCACGAGCAAGAAGAUCGAAGAUUUUUGUUCUCGGAUGGACAUCACACAGAAAUUUGUGUCAGUAGCCCACCCUCAAGCCAACGGACAGGUAGAAUUGGCAAAUCGCACCAUAUGUGAAGGGAUCAAGAAGAGACUCGAACGAAGCAGGGGACGAUGGGUUGAGGAGCUAGAUACAGUGUUAUGGGCACUUAGAACCAGCCCGAAAACCGCAACCGGAGAGGCUCCUUUCACUUUAGUAUACGGGUCGAACGCUGUGGUGCCUGCUGAGGUAAGGCUGGAAUCUCAUCGGAUUACUACCUAUGACACUGCACAGAAUGAGGAAUUGCGCCGACUCGACUUGGAUUUGAUUGAGUUACAGAGAGAGGAAGCACAAGUGAGGGCGGCAAAAUACAAAAGUAUCAUCAAAGCUGGUUACGACAAGAAGGUAAAGCUGCGCAGACUUGGGAAAGGAGACUUAGUACUCAAACGGGCAGACGCAUUGAAGCCCGUAGGGAAAUUUGAAGCCAACUGGGAAGGUCCUUUUGUUAUCACGGAGGUCCUGGGGGGAGGAGCUUAUCAUCUAGCAGAUCAAGGAGGGCGGCCCUUGACCAGGCCAUGGAACAUAAGUAACCUUAAGAAAUUCUACGUGUGA